AUUGUUCUUGUUGUUGGUUACCUCUGUUUUUGUGUCAGAUUAGAUGUUGCUUUCUUCUGUUAGUUCCAUUGAUGUAAUGAUUUAAAUCCUUGAUUUCUUUUUUGAUUUGGGUUUUGUUUCUUUUACAUGAUCUCUAUUCACCUUGAUGUAAAUAUGAUUAUAUUUUUGGGCUGGAAGUUAGCUUACUUGUGGUGAUUUCAAAUUUUCUCUUUUUCUAACAUCUAUUUGUGAUAGAUUAUUAGGAUUAUUUUCUUACAUUUUGGGAUCUGCAAGAUGAAUUGAAUAGUUUUUUGCCAUUGUAAAAAUUAGUAAUUUUUUUUUUUGGUGUCUCUAUCAAUGGUUUCCUUUGGAAUUUGGAUACCCAUUAGUUCAUUGAUAAUGAAAAUUUAACUAAUUGUUUUUGUUUUGAUUUAUUUAUUGGUCAUUGGUCUAUUUUCUUGAUGCAUAUUCUAUCUCUCAUAUUUAAUAUUUUUUUUAAACAAACAACAAAUGUGCUCUCUUCUCCUCCCCAUUUUCCUAUGUUGUUCUUUGUUAUUUUAUUAUAAUUUUAUUCUUUUCUUGUCAGCAUUUCUGAUGAUAAAAAUAAACUAUAACUAGAAUUUUAAGCAAUCCUCAAUAUUCUUUGUUACCAACCACUAUGAUUCUGAUAUGUGUAUGUGUAUUUUGUUGUUGGUUGGUGAUUGAACAGCUGUAGUUACAAUCAAAGAUUUUGGAAAAUUUUCUUUUGGAGGAAAGUCAUUGAUCAUAGCAUUCACAAGAUAAGAGAAAAUAUUGAUUGUUGUAUGAUCUGGGUAUUUUGUGUCUCUCGAGAAGGUGAAUGAAGGGAUGAAACUGGGGAUGUGAGGAUUGGUUAUUGGAACCCAUGAUAAGGUAUUGCAAUGGGGUCCCUGAACAUGGAGAAGAAAUGGGUUUUUCCUCUAGUUAUAAGCUCUCUCAUCUGUGUAUUCCUUCUGGCAACUUCCUUCAAUAUGGGUCUUAUUUCUUCAUUACAUACCAUUAAUCAAAUCUUCAACAUAUUUCCAUCUCGGAUAAACCAAUCAGUGGAUGGUUAUGCGGAAAUGAGAGUUUCACAAUCUCCUCCUCAGACUUCUGGACUUCCUAGAUUUGCUUACUUGAUUUCUGGAUCUAAAGGUGAUUUAGAUAAGCUUUGGAGAACUCUCCAUGCGCUUUACCAUCCAAGGAAUCAAUAUGUUGUUCAUUUAGACCUGGAGUCUUCAGCAGAGGAAAGAUUGGAGCUUGCUUCUCGGGUUGAGAAACAUCCUGUUUUUGCUAAGGUUGGGAAUGUUCACAUGAUCAGCAAAGCUAAUAUGGUUACCUAUAGAGGACCAACCAUGGUUGCUAAUACACUUCAUGCUUGUGCAAUUCUUUUAAGGAGGAGUAAAGAUUGGGAUUGGUUUAUCAACCUCAGUGCUUCUGAUUAUCCUCUUAUCACUCAAGAUGAUCUUCUUGAAACGUUUUCAACCAUAAACCGAAAUCUGAACUUCAUUGAGCACACAAGUCAGUUGGGUUGGAAGGAGGAUAAACGUGCAAUGCCUUUGAUUGUAGACCCUGGGCUCUACUCAACAACAAAGACAGAUAUAUACUGGGCAACCCCACGCAGAGCUUUGCCAACGGCAUUCAGAUUAUUCACUGGUUCGGCAUGGAUGGUUCUCACGCGUUCAUUUGUGGAGUACUUAAUCUGGGGUUGGGAUAAUCUGCCAAGAAUCUUACUCAUGUACUACACAAACUUCGUCUCCUCUCCUGAAGGCUAUUUUCACACCGUGAUAUGCAACGUCCCCGAGUUUGCUCAGACAGCUGUGAAUCAUGACUUACACUACAUUUCUUGGGACAUUCCCCCCAGGCAACACCCGCAUACUCUUUCCCUUAAUGACACACAGAAAAUGGUAGAUAGCGGUGCUGCAUUUGCUAGAAAAUUCAGACAAGACGAUCCUGUCUUGGACACUAUCGAUAAGGAUUUACUUGGUAGGAAGAGUGGGGGUUUUACUCCUGGCGGAUGGUGCUCUGAUAGUCCCAAAUGUUCCAAUGUUGGGGACCCUAAUAAUAUCAAACCGGGUCCAGGAGCUGACAGAUUCAAACGCCUCAUUGCUAGAGUAGCUUUGUCAUCGAAGCUAAACCAAAACCAGUGUAAAUAGAUUCCUCAAUGAUUGGUAGCUUGCAGAUUAAACGAAUUUCGUUGCAGGGGUUCGCAUUCUUCUCAGAAUUAUUUAAGGUAAUGCUGGUGUCAUUAGGAUCAUAAGAACUCAACACUCUUACUUAUUGCAGUGGUCACAUUCUAGUAUAGCACAAUCAAUCAUCUUUCUUCUUUUGUAGGUUCUAUUCCUCUUAGAACUACUGAACUUGCUUCCCUCUACAUUUUUCCCAGAUUACAGUAUACACCCACCUGUACUUCCCUCCUUUAAUAUUUUUUUUUGCUUUUGGUUUGGGAAUAAUUAGUUCUUUCCUUUCCUUCUUCCUUUUGCUUUUUUACUUUCCAUGGCUCUGGAUAUGCAAAUCUUGCAAUGACAAGCACAAGUUAACAUCAUUUGUAUUGAA